AUGGUGGGACAAGGUGGAGAACAAGCAUGCAAAGUGCUUGGGUCGGUCAUGGGGAAUGUCCUACCCGGAGAUAGGAUCCGACCUAGAGGUAGGUCGAUCUAUCAAGGUGGAGUGCAAGUAUGCAAAGUGCUCAGAUCGAUCUUGGAGGAAUUCCGACUCGAAGGUAAGAUCCGACCUAGAGGUAAGUCAAUCUAUCAAGGCAGAGAGUUAGCAUGCAUAGUGCUCGGGUUCGACAUAGAGGUUGACCAUAUACUAGUGGUUGACUACAACAUGAAGUUCCGUCACACAUGCAAGGUGGUCAAGUCGAUUAUGCGUGCAAUGUGGUCAGCUCAGUCACGUAUGCAAGAUGAUCAACUCGUUUACACAUGCAAUGUGGCCAGCUCAAUCACGCAUGCAAGGUGGCCAUCUGGCUCAUCUUUAUGA